AAACAAUCUUUCGAAACAAAUUAUUUCAGCAACCCAAAACAGAGAAAUUACUAACUAGCUAGCUAGGUACAUCUUCCAAACCAUAACUAUGGUGGAUGUAGCGGAUUCAGCUUAUUUUCAUGCCACUGAACACAGGCCCAAGCACGCCAUCACCGAGGCCGAAAACAUACCACUGAUCGAUCUCUCGGCCAAGUCCAACCUUUUAGCUGAUAUAAGGGACGCAAGCAAGGAAUGGGGAUUCUUCCAAGUUGUAAACCAUGGAGUCCCACUAGAAUUGCGCCGGAAUAUUGAGUCGGCGGCGAGAGAGUUCUUUGCGCAGUCCAAGGAGGAAAAAGGGAAGGUGAAGAGGGAUGAAGAACGUUCGGGACUGGAAAGAGGUGUUUGAUCUUGCCGUUGAGAGUCCAAUGGUGAUGCCGGUUUCCCAUGAUCCCGAUGACAAGGAGCUCGUGGAGUUGCAUAAUUGGUGGUUGGGAUACCCUCCUAAUUUCCGGUAAGAAUCAAGCUAUAGCUAGUUUCUCUCUAGCUAGUCCACUUGGUUUAUCCAAUUCAGACUUGUGGGACCAUCAUGGGCCUCGCUCGAAUGGUAUGAUAUAUUGUCAUGUUGUAGAUUGCUAUAAUUAGAUUGUUAACUAUCAAUUCAUUUAAAAAAUUAAGAUGAAAUUACACGAACACCCCCUCAUCUAUUCAGUUUAAACACGGACACCCUCUAACCUUUAAAAAUGUCCAUACACACCCCCUCAUCUUCUACCGUUACCCAAGGAGCACCCUUCAGUUUGAGUACCGUUUGUUGCAAGGCACAUGUCAAUACUUUUGCCAAAUUUUAGACAAAAAUGCCCUUUAAUGGCAACAUAUACUCAGUUGCCUUUCAUACCUCAUUCCUCAUUCUCACUCUAUAUCAAAGAUACCCAGUUGCCGUUUGUAGAUCAUCACCCCUCCGCCGUUUGUCGAUCAUCACCCUCCGCAGUCAAUCAUCACGGCCCUCCUCCGUACAUCGUCGAUCUUGCUCUCUCUGGGCGCAGGUCUCUCUCUCUCCCCCUUUAGUACAACUUUCAUCGAAGAUGUUCGCUCAUCUGUUAGAGAAUGAAAAUGAUUGAAUAUUGAUUUUUUUUUCUCUUUUUGUGAUCUGGUUCGGUUACCCAUUCGGUUUGAGGGUUACCCGAAAACCGAAUGGCUCGGUUAUGGUUUCCUUCUUCCCUCCCCGUUCGGUUAUCGGGGCGGAUAUGAGUGGUACUUCGGUUUCGGGGAUCGGGGACGGAAAAUCCAAUAUCCGCCCUGAAUGCCAUCCCUAACUAGACUUGCUGUGAGGGUGUAAGCGAGUCAAGUCCAGUUCAUUCACUAAAUAAGCCUUUAUAAACAAGAAAGCUCAAGCUGUCUAAAACUCAAGCGCGACUCAAUUACUAAACAAGUCGAGUCAAACCUUGAGCUGCUCACGAGCAGCUCGGUUUGUUUGCAGUCCUAUGCACAGCACACCAAUGGCCAAUAUGGGACCCACUCGAAGCCCAGUUAUUUGAUAUAAAUCUUACUAUGUCUUCAUCUCGACGAGUAGUAUUCAUGCAACAUUUCAUUAGGAUCAGUUGAGCAUCUAUAACCAUGUGAUCAAAAUACAUUUAUCUUACCGUUCAUUUUCAAGCAAGGCCAGUCCAAUGUAUUUGGGUGCCCAAGGCCUGUUAUAAGAAUAGUGCCCUAAACACUUGACAAUUUUUAUGGAAAAAUAAAUAAAUAGUCACUGUACGAGAAAGCCAAAACUAUAGUAUUAAAUCCCGUUGAUUGGAGUAGAGGGCUUUAUACGUGAGCACUUUGUCAAUUAAGCCUUUGCUCUGUCAAUGUGGAACAAACAAGUAGCAAAACAAAGUCUCUCACCUAUAGUCCCACACAAAGUUGUCAAUACCGUACCGGCCAGCGUACCGUUUUCACUACUGAAAUGGUAUGUACCGGUACCGGGCUGUAUCCCGGUACCGUUCCGGAUUUACCGCAAUUAAUAUUAUAUAUAUAUUUAAUAUAUAUCUACCAUUUUGCAUAAUUUUAAGUAUAAACAUAAACAAAAUGUUUAAAAAAAAGAAAA